ACAAGGGAAACUCUCGCGAGAUCGUGUAGGUCAGUCACUGAUCUCGAGAUUUCGCUAUUUGUGCUUAGUUUACUAGCUUAACUCAUAACUUCCAACUUAACUUAAGUUUGUCAAAGUAACAUGUUAUAGUAAACAUGAAGUUACAUGAUGCAGCAAAUGGAUUAUGUUGUGUUCCACUUUGCACAGAAGAACCUGUAAAUGUCUUCAAAACACACUGACAAUACGGAGGAUGGACCGGGAUGCUGACAGUGUGUGACUAAGGCUUCAUGUGAAGGCUUUCUUCUAUAUCAGGUCCCUCGCUGGUCCCUCUCUUCCGUAUUAGUUUCCAAAAGGCAUCUUUAAUGCUGCCAGGGAGCGUGCUGUGAGGCAGCAAGAAAGCGAGGCAAGCGGAUCCCUAUCUUUGUGACAGCUUUUCCGCUUGGCAGGCUGUGCGUGAGCCGGGGAACUGGACUGGACUGUGGUGUUUCGUGGAGGAGGUGGGAGAGGAGGUAGAAGAGGGAGAAGUGAGGGGCAAGCCGGACAGAUGGAGGACGGCACCCAACAACUGGGACACUGCAUGGUUGACAUGAAGGAGCUGAGUGCCAACCCUGAAGGACUGACCGCUGCCGGUGUUAUUCUAACACCCAAGCUGCCUCAGGUGGAGUUCAGCCUCGCCUGUAAUGAUCUGGUGGCCUCGGGCAGUGACAGGAAGCCCAACGCUUUGGUCCAGGUGGCUGUCAUAGAUCCCCACAAGCAGCACCUCGUCUCUCAUGCCUGCACAGAGAUAGUGGAGGCGAACAAAGACCCGCUGUUUCUGACGGGGGUGACCUUCCCUUCAGAGUAUCCUGCUAGCCCGGAGACACUAGUCAAGCUAACUGUGUAUGAUGCAAAGGACAAGGGCCAGGACUCGAGCAGCUUCCUGGGCAGUGCCACGUUUUCAGUCGGCGAUCUGCUGAGGGCUAAAGAUGAACGACUGACCUUGAAUCUCAGGUCAUCUGAUGGUGUGUGCGCAUCAGGAUCAGUGGUGGUGAGUCGUCUGAAGAUGGGGGAGAUGGAGGAGGUCGACGUAGACCACAUCACCACCGACAUCCCGUCACACAAGUGUCCCUUGGUCUAUGAGUCCGCGUCCCAUGCCUGCAUCGACAGAGAAAAUAACCCACUGACAGGUCCAGUGUUCAAGAACCCAAUAUGCAAGGUGUACAGAUUCCAAACAGUGGACAGCAAGUGGAUGCUUGUCCGGGAACAGAUGGAGGAGUGCACGCUGUCCUUCAGCAUCCCCAAACAGCUGCUCUCAUUGUAUAUUCAGGAGGACAUGAGCAGGGUGCAAGACCUGAGGGAGCUGGGGGAGCUGUCUCCUCACUGGGACAACUUGAGGAAAGAGGUGAUGACACGAUACGGAGGAAUCAUCACCUCCUACCAGGACACUUUGGCUGAACUGGAUAAGAUUACUGGUCGUUCAUUCAAGCCAAGCUGCUGCAAAGCCCAGAAAUCUCUGGAGUUCAUCCCAAUAAACUUGCACACCCAGAGGAUGAGGGUGACGUGCCCCAGAAAAACAGAUGCGUUCUAUGACAUCGUCACUGUCGGUGCGCCUGCAACCCAUUUCCAGGGGUUCAAGUGUGGUGGUCUGCAGCGUCUCCUCAGCAGAUAUGAAGCAGAGAAAAAGAGCUUCAGCACUGCCUACCAGUGUAUCUACUACUCCCCAGAGCACACAGCCAAAGCUCAGGAGGUACUCAGCACCAUGAGCUUCCUCCAGCCGCUCAUCACAAGCUUAGCGGACCAGCUCCUCCAGGCUGCCCAGGAGCACUCUUCCCCUGGACUGAGGGAUGCACUCAAGAACCUUUCUGACAAGACAGAACAAUUUGUUCACACGCUUAAGGAUGAAAUGGUCAAGAGUGCACUACUGGCACUGCAUGCAGCGCGGCCCGGAUACGUUUCCAAGAAUCAGAAGCAAACCCCGGUGCAGGGAGGCCAACAUCAAGGCCACAUCCACCAGGGCAGCGACCAGAACCAGAGCCCAGUUCAGGGACUUCCGGGUCACAGUCCGGCCACGUCGAUCACUGACAGCCCAGCGGUGUGUAAUAAUGUGGAAGGACCACAACCCACGACUAGAGGAGAAGGUGGGCCGCUGAAGCACCAAGACUCCAUACCGCACCAUAAAGAGUACGACGAGGAGGAGUGGGACAGGGUCUGGGCCAAUGUGGCCAAAUGUCUCAACUGUGUAAUCGCCAUGGUGGAUAAACUCCAGGAGGAAGACAACAGCAAGCAGGAGCCGGUCCCUGAGCAGCAGCUAGCUGAUGUCAUCACCUCACACAACCCCGGCGAGUGGAGGGAGCAGCUGCGUCCUCUGGUGACCAGGUUAAAGGAGUGUGUGAUGGAGGUGGUGGAGAAGGCAAAGAGAGCCAUGACCUUUGUGCUCCUGCAGGAGGCAGCCUGCAGCAUUCCCCAGGGCUUCCUCCUCCAACAGAGGCGAGACGUGGUCUUCAGUCAGGCACUGGCAGCCUUAGCCUGUGGUUUUGUCAUGAGGCUGUAUGCAGGAAUGCAGGACCAAGGCUUCCUGAAGCAGCUCCACCUGGUUGGUCUGGUGGCCCAGUUUGAGAGUCUGCUCAGCACCUACAGUGAGGAGAUCGGGAUGCUGGAGGACAUGGAGGUUGGAAUCUCAGACCUGCAGAGAGUCGCGUUCCAGAUUACAGAGGCCAAGACCGACGACCUCAGUGACCUCCAGCCUUUAGUGUGUGGCCGACGAGACCACUUCACUGUAGAAGUGCCAUUACCACGACUGGUUUUCCAGACCUUGCCAGAGGAGAUCAAGGGGGGCAAGCCUCUACGAGUAUUCCCCGUGCUGUUUAACGUGGGCAUCAAUGAACAGCAAACAAUAGCAGAGAGGUUUGGAGAUAUCUCCCUACAAGAAAGAAUAAACCAGAGGAACUUUGAGAUGUUAGAAGCCUAUUACAAAUCAUUAAGUGAAAAGGUGCCACUAGAAUGUCUACCAUGUUUUCAGACACAGACUGACAUAAAAGAAUUACUUGAAACCCUGGGCCAGAAUGUAGUUACAAAGAAGAGGAAGAAUGUGGAGAUACUAUGGAUUGCUGGAACGAUCUGCCGAAGGUUAAAUGGCAUCAGGUUUACCAGCUGUAAAAGUGCCAAAGACCGGACAUCCAUGUCUGUCACAUUAGAGCAGUGUGCUCUCCUACGUGAUGAACACCAGCUCAGCAAGGAUUUCUUCAUCCGUGCUCUGGACUGUAUGCGGAGAGAAGGAUGUCGGAUUGAGAACGUUCAAAAGAAUAUUAAAUGCAGGAAAUAUGCCUUCAACAUGUUGCAGCUGAUGGCCUUUCCCAAGUACUACCGACCACCGGAGGGGACUUACGGAAAAGUUGACUCUUGAGGACGUAAGCCAUGUACUGUAAAACCAGUCAUUGUGUGCUACCCGAGUGGUAAAUAUGACAGCUUAUAAAUGAUGCUAAAAAUGUAAAAUGUUUUAUUGUUCGUAACCAAAAACAUCUUGCUGGAUUUUAUAUUUUGCUGAUGGUUGUUUCGUUUUUUGGUUGCUCUAUUGGGGGGAUGUAUUCACUGAUUCCCAAGCUGGAUUUGCCAAACGUGUUAUUUGUAAAAUGAAUGCACUUUCCAUUAUUGCCUUGUUUAUUUUUCAUGGCCUAAGCAGUAAUAAGCCAACGCGUUCUCAUCCCAACUUGUCACAUACUGCCGCUUGGUCACAUCCCUUUGCGUCACUUUAGGCUUCAAAACCUCUUAGUUAGAUUUAGGAGAAAACAACAUGGUUGGGCUUAAAAUGACUGCGUUUGUAACGUGAAACUUAACACACGGGACACGAAUAGCGGUUGAUUGGCAGUUCAGCUUAAACAAAUCAGUCCACGAGAAGAGAAACACUUUGUGGUGCGUUCAAGUGCAACUUGUCGGCCAAGACAAAGGUGACGUGAGGCGACAUAAAAGUCGACCUUCUUCGCCGCUAGUUCUUUGAUGUCGGGUUUGUCUGGGUCUUAAAGGAUGCCUGGGACAGCGUGGGAAUGAGAACGGGCUGGAUAAAUAGUGCAACUGUGUGUGCAAACCCUAGUUUGUAGAUAAUCUCUGUGUGGCUGUACUGUAUAAUAAUGAUCUUUUUUAAGACUUCAAGCAGUUCAACCUUCAUUUGUGUGCAAAAGCAAAAAUAAUUCCCCUCUUGCUGAAAUUAAAUAUGUGUGUGACAAUAUAGUAUUUUCACUCAAAGGUCCACUUACUACCUUUUUCUGAGCUAUUUCUCAGGUGAUGACCUCUGAGCUAUCUCCAUUUGCUGACUGUAAGAUUCAGUUAAAAGCCUUUUAAAAACGGCUAGCAGAUGGACCUUUGAGCUGAGACCAUUGUUUGUUAAAUAUGCUGUUCCCAAGGUCAAGAAUAAACUUCCAUGCUACAGGGAUUUUUGUGGUAUAAAUACUGCUCUCCACAGUGACUUGGAAACAAAUAACUGUUUAUAGUCUCAUUCCAUGUUUGGAUGUUAUUGCGUCCUGCUCUACAGGAGUUUGUCCAUUUCUUUCUACAUUUUCAUGGCAUCACAUAUUCAGGUCCAAACUUUGCCUAUAUUAUUUUUGACUGUUGCAGAUGUAUUUUCAUUCAUUUGUGAUAAAUAACAUACCAGUAUUUUAAAGCAUAUGUCGAAUCAUGUUUCAUCCCAUUCUCUUGCACUUGAGCUUUUUCCAUAAUAUUUGUAUAUCUCCAGGUACAGGCCAGUGCAACCACAUGAAGUACAGGUGGAGGUUAGAACAGGACAAGGACAUUGGACCAUCGUUUCUGAAUGCUAUAUAUCAAAUUCAAUUAUUUAUUUUUGUAUUCUAAAAUGAUUUUAUAUUGUAAGGGUUGAUGCCUUGGACUUUAAUGCAUGUUUGAAAUGUAUUUGUUGUGUUAUACAUUGGACAUUCACAAUUGUCUAUUUGAUAUUAAAUAAAAGAAUGGAUUGAU